AUGAACUCGCCGCCAAAUUCGCUUAACCGCCCAUCAUCUUCAAACGAAUCUUCCCGAAAAGACUGCGCGAGUCGCCAAAUGGUUCCUCCUUCGCCGGCUUCCUCUGUCGUCUCUCCGCUCGCUGUCGGUUCCGCUCAUGAGGCUGCUGUCAUUCAGAGCAUUGAGCGCGGCGAGUACGCAGCUGAUGAUCUUGACGAGACUCGCAGCUUGACCGAUAGUAUACGAGAACAUAUCGUCGAUGGAGGAUUGCGUUAUCAUUCGUAUAAGAGCGGGAAAUACCUUUUCCCCAACGACGAAGCCGAACAGGAUCGUGAAGAGCUCAAGCACAACUUGACAGUGUAUCUAUGCGAGGACAAAUUAUUCUUUGCGCCGAUCGGACCUAUAUUAGAGAAAGGCGCUGAGGUCCUUGACCUUGGCACCGGCAUUGGAAAAUGGUGCAUCGAUCUCGCCGAUACCUACCCAAACUCUCAAUUCCACGGCAUGGAUCUCUCGCCUAUACAGCCUGACUGGGUCCCCGAAAACGCCCUCUUCUUCGUCGACGACAUCGAGCAUGAAGCUGGCUGGACAUACUCCGAGGAUCACUUCGAUUACAUCCACAUCCGCCAUACAGUCCAUUCCAUCAAAAACCGAGAAGAACUCUGGGAUCGCAUCUGGAAACAUUUAAAACCUGGAGGCUACGUGGAGGUACAGGAAUUUCUUUACAUAGCAGCUUGCGACGAUACAUCAUGCGACGGACCCUACGCAUGGCGCGACUUCUGCAGGUAUCUAAAAGAAGGCAUGGCAGCCCUCGGCACCGACAUCCACGGCAUCAACUACGUCCACAGCGAACUAUCCCAAGCCGGUUUCGAAAACAUCACGACAAAGAGCUACAAAUGCCCUGUCGGACCAUGGGCGAAGAAACAGCGUCUACAAGAGUGCGGCCAUGUCAUGCGCGACGCCGUAAUGUGGGGACUCGUCGGUCUAUCACGACGCCCUUUCCGCGACGGUCUCGGCUGGACGUUGAUCCAGAUUGAGAUGUUUCUAGUGGAAGUGCGAAAGGCUUUGAUGGAGGAGGUUAAUGGAUUGCCAAAGUAUCACACUUACUUUCCUUAUUACAACAUACAUGCUCGGAAACCACUCAACACAGCGCAAGAAUGA